GAUUUAACCUUUUUUUUGCUGUUGCCACUGCUGCCACCAAGGCAAACUCGUCGACCUCACUUCUUCCUCCUCGUCCCCGCCCGAGGAAUGGCCAUGCGAGUGUGCCGCUAGCAGCUUCGUUUGCCCGUACGGCUAGACGAGCUGGUGAGUCGGUGGCCCGUGUGGUGAGCGUAGAAGCUGCGAAGCUGGUCACAGUGCCCGCGCGGAGAGAAAACUUGCGCCUCCGGCGGUCCACGCGGCGAGGCGAGAUGAGGCUUGCGCGGUGCGACAAGGUACUCUUGCGGGUUGCGGCCCUCGCAGUAGCUUCAGGCCUUCGGCAGCCCUCGCGGGAAACAAGAUACGAAUCCGGGUUCUACGGCGGCGGUACGGGGAUUCCACGACCUCGAAGGAGGCCAGCGGCGCUCCGGCCCAGCACGACAGCGAGCGUAGCAAGAUCCGUUCCCCACGCCCACAGCGAGCGUCAAUCCAAUUUCUUUUGCCUAUCCCAAAUGCCACCUGUAUAAGCAUACACAAAUAUACUCCGGAGCACUUGUAUUGCCUUGCCUUUUUCAAAAAAGUACUCCUACGACUACGACGAAUGUGUGGCUCUUUAAGCAAACAAAAAUAUGAACAAGGACGGGGACUGUUUUGCAAAAAGUAGAUUCUAGUUCUCCAGUUUCCAAAUAGAAGUGCUGCUGUUUGUCUCCAGAGUGCAGACACAAAAAAAUCGAUGGGCAAAAGCGGAAAGAAACCGAGGGAAUCGCACCGGCAGGGCCGCGGCCGCCGGGCGUCGCACUUCGGCGACGAGGACGGCGACGACUUACCUUCGUCAGCCUACGACGCGCCACCGCGCCCAAACGAGGACUCCUCUGACGACAACGACGACACCAGCGAAGCAACAGCGGAGGAUGAACCAGAGAGGGAUGCGGAAGCGGGUGAGCAGGACCAAUGGCGAGCCGGAUCAAUGCCUUCCAAGUUUCACUUAUACCAGCUCUCCGUGCAGUCGCCAAAGGGGGACAUCAGCUACCUGCAGAAGUUCUUCCUGAUGUACGUCGGCGGGCGCGUCCCUCUCCACCUGCAGGAGGAUUUCUGUGGCACGGCCCUCCUCAGCACCGAGUGGAUCCGUACUGAUGCAAGAAGAACAGCAAUCGGCUUAGAUUUGGAUCUUGAGUCACUUGAGUGGUGCCUUGAACACAACCUAAGCAAGAUUGGAGUUGAUGGAUAUUCAAGAAUGUUGCUUUUCCAUGGAAAUGUUCUACAACCAAAGGAUGCCCGUCUUGUCAAGCAAAAGUUUAGUGAUCUUGUGCAUGGUCUCAAUGUGAACAGCGACAAUGGCUCAGGAAGUAACAGUUGCGAGCAGACGGAUCUUGCUGACUCAAAGUGCUUAGCCAAUUCGACCAUGUCAGAGGCAACUUUUCCUGGAAGGGAUAUUAUCUGUGCAUUCAACUACAGCUGCUGUUGCCUGCAUAGUCGAAAGGACUUGGUUUUGUAUUUCCGGCAUGUAUGCAGUGCGCUCUCAAAAAGAGGUGGUAUAUUUGUAAUGGAUGUAUAUGGUGGCACAUCAUCUGAACGCAAAUUACGUCUCCAGCGGAAAUUCCCCAGCUUCACGUAUUUCUGGGAGCAAGAUGAGUUUGAUAUCAUCAGUCGCCAAACAAGGAUCAGUCUCCACUUUCAAGCUGGAAAAAAACAAAUGCUGAAGCAUGCUUUCACAUACCAUUGGCGCCUAUGGUCGAUACCAGAGAUCAAGGACUGCUUGGAGGAAGCUGGGUUCAAGUCCGUUCACAUAUGGAUCAGGGAGAUGCCAAAUACCCAGUCAAGUGGAAACACCAAGGAAUAUAAUGCCAACCGAGACGUGAAGUACGAAGAAUCGCAGCGUUUCAAUCAAGGAGAUGCUUGGAACGCCUACAUCGUUGGAGUAGCAAAUAUCUAGCUGGUAUGUGCUGAAUUCUGCUACGAAAAUGUGAUGGUGGCUCGCUGGCUCUCAGUUUCCCCUGCCAGUUAAUGUUUCCUGAAUGCUUACGCUUUGAUCACGACUUCUGCAUCGCGUUGCUGCGAAAGUAUGCAGGGUUGUUAUUACCGUACCGUAGAGAACUUGUAGUCCAGAACACGGCCUCAAUUAUGUUUCUUUCUUUUUUUUUCAAAAUGAAAUGUUGGCAAGGUAGCAUCUCUUUAAAUGUAUUUCCUACAUGUACAAUGUGUAGGAUAUGAUGGGUGUUUCGAUAAAGACUCCUACCUUUCAACUUCCGUAACAACUUUGUUUUA